AUGUCCACCGAACCCACCAUCCCCCUCCCCCCUCGCGCCCUCGAAGAAAUCUCCGCCAUCGACAACGCCCUCACCUUCCCCACCUUCACAGCCCACACCGCCUGGGUCCUCGGCUCCCUCCUCCGCACGCGCCUCCUCGCCUUUUCCAAACCCACAGUCAUAGACAUCAGUCUCGCACACUCCACGCACUGUCUCUUCCACGCCGUAACCCACUCCGGCACAGCCCCGGACAACGACACCUGGGUGCUUCGCAAACGCAACACGGUCUUGAGGUUUGGAGCUUCCACAUGGUGGAUGCACAAUAAAUUCUCGGGGGACGAGGGGGCUUUUGCGGCGAAAUUUGGGCUGGGGAUGGAAAAGGCGGGGGAAUAUGCGAUUCAUGGUGGGGGUUGGCCGGUUAGAGUGCAAGGUGUUGAAGGGGUUGUGGCGGUGAUUGUGGUGAGUGGGUUGAAGCAGGAACAGGAUCAUGGGGUGAUUGUGCAGGUUGUGAGUGAGUAUUUGGAGGAGUUGGGGAUUGAGUUGGGGGAGAAGAAGAAGGAGGAUUAA